UUGGCCGGACAGGUCCGUCAGGCAGGAAACAAAACCGGAGGACACACAAAGCCAGUCCAGCGACCACCGGCCGUUUCGGUCUGGCCAAGUCCAGACGCUGAGUCGCCCAGUGGACAGGGACGGAGCGUAACACUUACGAUUUGUAAUGGCCUCUAAUCAUGCGACAAAAAGAGGAAGAUCGCAGCUAGCAGUUCGGGACCUACCGCCGCCAACAGGUAGUCGCGUAGCUGGUUCAGCAUUUGGCAGUUGGCAGCUUGCGGUUCGGGUGUUAAUGGUUUGUUAGUACGCGGCGGUGUCCUUGCUCUCUCUCUCUGUCGUCCUUGACGCUCGUAGGUCCGCCCACCCAGCCCCCCGUCAGACUCACCGCAAUUAUGACGCCUGUGGUCGUUGUGUUUGCGGUAAUUUAGUUAUCUUCCAGGACUGCAUGCGAUUUUCGCCGGAAAUUGACAGUCGGCGGUCGAAAGCCACAGAUCUUUGAUUUAGCAUGCACUGUUUAAAAACACAUUCGGCAGCCUAUAAGCCCGCUUUACUGCCAAUGCCCAGCGAUAAACACCCAGACAAUACUAUACCCUCGGCCCAUAAAUCUGCGAAAAUCUGCUCAGUCCCGCUCCAUCGAUUGGCGGUUGCAUGUUUAGCAAAUUACUCAACAGCUGGGCGGGUGAUCCUGACGGGGCGGGCGCGGGGAGCUGGCCAUUAAAUAAAUUAUAACGAACUGCGCGCUGAAGAACGCCCCCCGCCUUGGACGCUAAGCGGAAUGGACAUUGCCGCAAACAAAUUGCUCCCUGCCAAGAGCUCGCCCCGCCAUGUGGGAGACGACACGCAGUCUGCAGUUUUCGCGGACCAGGGAUCGGGAUGGGGGCAGUGGGGCCAGGGAGCAGUGAGCAGAAGGUGCAAGUCAGGAUCGCGGAGAGGAGGAUGCAUGUGUCAGCAGCUUGCUCAAAGCAAAAGCCGCUGGGAGUUUUCUUUUCGGGACAAGGUCGUGUGAACCAGCUCGGGGGCGUCUUCAUCAACGGUCGCCCGCUGCCCAAUCACAUUCGCCUGAAGAUCGUGGAAAUGGCGGCCAGUGGAGUAAGGCCCUGCGUCAUUUCGCGCCAGCUAAGGGUUUCCCACGGCUGCGUAUCGAAGAUCCUGAACCGAUACCAGGAGACGGGCUCCAUUAGGCCCGGCGUGAUAGGGGGAUCCAAGCCCAAGGUGACCUCGCCCGAGAUCGAGACGAGGAUCGACGAGCUGCGGAAGGAGAACCCCGGAAUAUUCAGCUGGGAGAUACGCGAGAAGCUGAUCAAGGAGGGCUUUGCGGAUCCCCCGUCAACGUCAUCUAUCAGUCGCCUAUUGCGGGGAAACGAUCGAGGCAGCGAAGAUGGUCGGAAGGACUAUACCAUCCACGGAAUUCUUGGAGGCCGCGACUCCGACAUAAGUGAUACGGAGUCGGAGCCUGGGAUUCCGCUGAAACGCAAGCAGCGACGCUCCCGCACCACCUUCACAGCGGAGCAGCUGGAGGCCCUGGAGAGGGCCUUUGCCCGCACCCAAUACCCGGACGUCUAUACCAGGGAGGAGCUAGCCCAAACCACUGCCCUGACCGAGGCCCGCAUCCAGGUGUGGUUCUCCAACCGCAGAGCCCGUCUCCGCAAGCACUCGGGAGGCUCGAGCUCCGGACUCUCGCCCAUGAACAGUGGCAGCUCCAGUGUGGGAGUGGGUGUCGGACCCAGUGGGGCGACGGCGCCUCUGGGCUUCGGCCCCCUUGGCGUAGGCUCGAUGGCAGGCUACAGUCCUGCGCCGGGAACCACUGCAAAUGGAGCCGGCAUGAACGAGGGAGUCCACCACGCCGCCCAUGCCCCCAGCUCCCACCACAGUGCAGCAGCGGCUGCUGCGGCGGCGCAUCAUCACACCCAGAUGGGUGGCUACGACUUGGUUCAGAGUGCGGCGCAGCACGGAUUUCCCGGAAGCUUUGCUCAGCCUGGGCACUUUGGCAGUCAGAACUACUACCAUCAAGACUACUCUAAGCUGACCAUUGACGACUUCUCGAAGCUAACCGCCGAUAGCGUCUCAAAGAUCUCGCCCUCGCUUCACCUGAGCGACAACUACUCGAAGCUGGAGACCCCCUCGAACUGGCAGGCCGCCUACCACCUCAACCAGUCGGCAGUGGCCGCCGCCAACUACAAUGCCCACGUGGCCCAGCACCAGCUGAACGACUACGCCGCUGCAGCGGCCCACGGGAAUGCGGCGGCCGCUGCUGCCUACAACCACCCUCUGCCGGCGCAGGGUCAGGCCAAGUACUGGUCAUGAGGCAGUGGAUCGUCGUUUCGCGAGCGAGAGCCAUUACAUUUAGGCGUUAUUUUAUGCAUUUCAAUUAUCAGCAGAGGCACAUGUAGAUGUUAGGAACUAUUUAUACCCCCAGACGUGAAUAUGGAAAUAUCGGCUUGUCUAUAAUUUAGGAUUACUUCGCUUACUGCAUGUGCAUUACAUGGCUUUUACAGGCGCAUUAAGGCUGGCAACGUUUCCAUACAAGCGUUAUGAACAUAUAGCUAGAUAACAAUGUGUAUUUAUUAACCUAAGUAAUAUUAAAAUGUUGAGUACAGUACGGAAGUUCGAUGUGGACGGUACUUCCGAGCGCCGAGCGGGGACUUUUGUAAAUCGCAGUGAUCGAAAAAGAAAUAAAGGUAUAUUUUAAAAUAUUA